AUGGCCGCCAACAUCGGAGAUAUGAUCAUGCUCUUCGGCGACUCCCUCACCCAGAGAGGUUGGGAGCCAAAUGGCUUCGCCGAGCGGCUCGCCUACGUAUACAACCGCAAGCUGGACGUCAUCAAUCGUGGCAUGUCCGGCUACAACACAGAGUGGGUCGUCCCUGUGUUCGAGCAGUGCUUCGCGACGCAGCACGAACAGCAGCACGUCCCUAAAGUUCGCAUACUCACCAUCUGGCUGGGCGCGAACGACGCCGCACCCCCGGGUGCCCUGCAUCACGUCCCGCGCGACAAGUACGCUGCGAAUCUCGUCAAGCUAAUCCGCAUGGUCCGCGACCCCGCCUCGCCGCGCUACUCUCCCGAGACACAUGUGCUGCUGCUUACCCCGCCGCCGGUGAAUACUCACCAGUGGCGCGUGGGCGGCGCACUUGAGCGUAAUUUUGAGGCUACGCGCUCGUAUGCGCAGGCCGCGCGCGACGUCGGCGCGGCCGAGGACGUCCCCGUCGUCGAUAUCUGGAACAAGUUUUGGGACGCCUGCGGGCACGUCGAGGAGCGCCUGAGCGAGUAUCUACAGGACGGACUGCAUCUCAACCAGCAGGGAUAUGCCAUUGUGUUCGAUGAGAUCAUCAAGACGAUCAGCGCGACUUGCCCAGAGCUGCACUACGAUAGUCUGACGCCGGUAUUUCCACCGUGGGACCGAAUCGAUUUGGACAAUAUCCCCGCUGCUCUUGACAAGAGGAGCAUAUUCUCCAACCAGUAG